GAUGACGAUGGUGUUUGCCAUCACUGCAUUCUAGCUCGAUAAGUUUCCUGAUCCAAUAAUCAUGGUAGUCCUCAUGUCGGACUGGGCAACGGGAACCUCCUCCGUGCCGGAAACCUACAUACUCCCGCCUGGUCAGAGGCCCGGAAAACUCGUCUUCCCCGUCCUCAGCAACGUUCCUCUCAUCGAUCUCGAAAAUGUUGCUGGCGAAGAUCAGAUCAUUCCCCAUAUUCUCGAAGCAAGCCAAGAAUUCGGCUGCUUUUAUGUUACGAACCACGGCGUGCCCCUGCAACUAAUGGGGGACGCCAUGGCUGCGGUGAAGGAGUUCUUAGCAACUCCGGCGGAGAACAAAGCGAAGUUCUACUCCAACAGCCUGGACAGUAAAUGCCGGAUCUAUUCAAGCAGCAUAAACUACGACUCCGAGGAGGUGCACUACUGGCGAGACAAUUUCACGCACCAUUGCCACCCCCUCGACGAGCAGAUCCACCUCUGGCCCGACAACCCGUCUACAUACAGGGCAGUCAUCGGAGAAUACUCCACGCAAGUACGCAAGCUCCUCUUCAAGAUCCUCGAGCUUUUCCGCCGGGGCAUGGGUCUGAAACGGGCGGGCUAUUUUGAAGGGCCGUUGAGUGGAAUACAGCUGAUGUCGGUAAACCAUCAUAUCCCCUGCCCCGACCCGACCCUGACUCUGGGGAUGCCCCAACAUUCGGAUCCGAAUCUUAUCACGGUGCUGCAUCAAGGUCACGUGCCGGGGCUCCAAGUGUUCCGCGGCGGCGAGUGGGUUGACAUUGAGCCUUUGCCCCACGCGUUUCUCGUCAUCCCGGGGCUUCAACUUAAGGUGAUUAGCAAUGGGAAGCUAAACACCCCGAAACAUCGAGUGAUAACGAACGCGAAAGGGGGGCGAACCACCAUCGGAACAUUCUUGAAUCCGUCGCAAGAGGCGGUGAUCGAGGCUGCUGCGGCUGCCGACGAGGACAGUAAGGCCUACACAAGUUUCACUUACAAAGAGUUUUUCAAAACCUUCAUCGGCUCUGGUUGUGAUGCUCGUCUUGCACUCCAAUGUUUCAGCAGCAACACUAGUAGUAGUACUAAAAUGUAACUCUCAUCUCGAAUAUGUUUAUAUUUGGGUGUGUGUAUGUGAAAGAGGUCAAAAGAUUGUUGGUGAUUUUGCUGCGUGAACACCCGCACACUCUGGGUGUGUUUUAAGUGUUAGAGAGAAUAUUACUCCCUCCGUCUCACGUACAUUGUCUGCUACAAUCUAAACACGCUA